ACUAGAACAGAGAACAGAGAGGGCAGAGCAGGGCAGAUAGUAUUCAGAAGCCAGAAGAGUCCGAGGGAUUUUCGGUAGUUUGAGGCGUUUGGGGGUGUUGGGGAUGAUAGAAGAUCUGUGAACGUCUGGUGGAAAUAUGUUUUUGAAACGUUUAGGUGUUUGUUAGCUGUUAAGUAUGGUUAGAAUACAAUGGUACAAUUACAAAGUGCUUAAGACUUGUUAAAGUUACAACAUUACAACAGUAUGGCUGAAUUUCUUGCUGACAAUAAUCCAUGUGGACAGACUAUCCUUCGUCUUGUCUCAAGAGGAAAUGCCAUUAUUGCUGAACUUCUCCGUCUUAAGGAUUACAUUCCACCGGUUUUCAGACUAGAAACAAAGCAAGACCAGGCGAAGUACGCAGAAAUCAUCUCAGACUUUAGCUACUUCAAAAUGUCUGAUGAGUAUGAUCAGAAGAUUGACAGUAACCCUCAACUACAAGACUUGGAUGAAGAAUUCAGAGAAAACUACACUGAUAUUCUCACACGUUUCUACCUUGUGUUUGAGAGUUUGCACAAGUAUAUUAUGGACUUGAGUCAUUUUCUGGAUGAUUUAGAGGAAGGCUUGUUUAUCCAGCAGACCUUGGAGAGUGUGCUUCUCAAUGAGGAAGGCAAGCAACUGUUGUGUGAGGCACUCUAUUUGUAUGGAGUGAUGCUUCUUGUAGUUGACCUGCACAUUGAAGGUGUGAUAAGAGAACGAAUGCUUGUGUCAUACUACCGCUACAGUGCACAGCGAUCCACUGCAGAAAGCAAUAUUGAUGAUGUCUGCAAGUUGCUUCGCUCAACUGGAUUUACUAACACAUCAGCUUCAAAGAGGGCAUCCAACUACCCUGAGGAAUAUUUCAAGCGUAUUCCUGUGAAUCCUCUCUAUGUAAACAUGGUGCUCGGGCGACUUAGGUCAGAUGAUGUAUAUAAUCAGAUUUCAGCCUAUCCUUUCCCUGAACAUCGCAGCACUGCACUGGCAACCCAGGCAGCCAUGCUGUAUGUUUGUCUCUUCUUUGCACCAUCUAUUCUGCACACACAUACUGCCAAGAUGCGAGAAAUUGUUGAUAAAUACUUCCCUGACAACUGGGUUAUAAGCAUCUACAUGGGAAUCACAGUGAAUUUGAUUGACUCUUGGGAGCCAUAUAAAGCGGCUCGUACAGCUUUGAGUAACACUCUUGACUCGUCCAAUGUGAGGGACAUUUCUUCCCGCUAUGCCAGCAGAAUGCAGAAACUAAUACCGCAUACUCAGCAGCUGUUGAAAGAAGGAGCAUUGAUUGAAGAGAAUGUCUUAGAUCAUGUUAGCAAGGUGACGAACGUGGUUCGCGAGUGUAACGUUACUCUGCGUUGGCUCAUGCUGCAUGCAUCCAUGCCUGGUCCUGCUUGGGAAGGGAACAAACGAUGCAAGCAGAUUCGAGACCAAGUGAUUGCUGAUGCGAAGUACAGUCCUCUGCAAGUGUUUGAACUGUUGCUGAAUACAGCACAAUUUGAACUCAAGAUUAGGGAUAUGUUCAAAUGUCUGCUGAUAGAGAAACAGAACAAGUGGGAAAAAUACAAAAAAGAAGGUGUAGAGCGCAUGAUGGAGCUCUCUGAGGUGUUUUCAGGAAUAAAACCCCUCACCAGAGUUGAAAAGAAUGAAAAUCUUCAGUCAUGGUUUGGAGCAAUGGGGAAGCAAAUUGACUCUUUGAAGCAUGAAGAUGCAACAGUAUCAGGCAGAAAGAUAGUUCAGCUUAUUCAGGCUCUUCAGGAAGUUCAAGAGUUCCACCAGCUAGAAAGUAUUCUACAAGUGCGCCAGUUCCUGGCAGAUACAAGAAACUACCUGCAUCAGAUGAUUCGUACCAUUAACAUCAAAGAAGAUGUCCUCAUCACAUUGCAGAUAGUUGGAGAUCUCAGCUAUGCUUGGGAAAUUGUUGAUUCCUACACCAAUAUCAUGCAGGAAGGAAUCAAGAAAAAUCCUUCAUUGGUCAUCAAACUUCGUGCAACAUUUCUAAAAUUAUCUUCAGCACUAGAAAUUCCUCUGUUACGUAUCAACCAAGCACACAGUCCUGAUCUGGUAUCAGUGUCACAGUAUUAUUCUGGUGAACUGGUUGGAUAUGUUCGCAAAGUACUGCAUAUUAUCCCAGAAACAAUGUUUGGAUUGCUGGCUCGAAUAGUUUCCCUUCAGACAUCAGUCAUCAAAGAGCUGCCUACUCGACUUGAUAAAGAUCGCCUCAGGGAGUAUGCACAGCUUGAAGAUCGACAUGAGGUUGCUAAGUUGACCCAUUCUGUUUCCAUUUUCACUGAAGGCAUCUUGAUGAUGAAGAGUACCUUGGUGGGAAUUAUUAGAGUGGAUCCAAAGCAGCUUCUAGAGGAUGGGAUUCGUAAGGAGCUGGUAAAGCACAUUGCAACUGCCCUUGAUAAUGGACUUACCUUCAACCCAAAGGCCAAGACAAGUGAACUGGUGGGAAAGUUGGAAACUUUGGGGAAAAUAAUGGAUGGACACCGUCGCUCUUUUGAGUACAUCCAGGAUUAUGUAAAUAUUUAUGGGUUGAAGAUUUGGCAAGAAGAGGUGUCACGCAUUAUUAGUUACAAUGUGGAGCAGGAGUGCAACAGUUUCUUGCGUAACAAGGUUCAGGAUUGGCAGAGUGUUCAUCAGAGUAAAACGAUACCUAUCCCAAAAUUUCCUCCCACGGAUAGUACAUCUGUUAAUUUCAUUGGACGCCUGGCCAGGGAAUUAAUACGAAUCACUGAUCCCAAGACAACAAUCUAUAUUGAACACAUGACAGCCUGGUAUGAUGUUAAAACACAUAAUGAGGUUAUAAAUAUGAAAUUCUUCUCCAAAAUUACCAAUUCAGUGGGAACAGCAGGUUUAACUGGACUUGAUCGUCUUUUUUCCUUCAUGAUUGUCACAGAAUUGCAGAAUUAUCUGAAUGCCUUGCAGAAAGGAGUUUUGAAGGACAAAGCUUGGCUUGAGAUGCUUGCAGUUGUUUCCAAAGGACUCUCUCCCUCUUCUGCUAUCAUCAGUAAUCCUGGACGAUUUUACUCACAACAUACAUCACGUGCACAGAGAGUUUGGCCUCAGAUUUUGGAUCGGGUAUUGAAAGUUGGACAGAUGCAGUUGCUGAGGAAACAUAUAGCAUAUGAACUCAACAUUUCUUGCAAAUUUGACUCAAAACACCUGGCAUCAGCUCUGCAGGUUAUGAAUGAUGCACUAUUGGCUGAGAUUGAAGCCCAUUACAAGGAACCAUCAAAACCAUACCCAAAGGAGUCAAACCCUCUUCUGUAUGAACUCUCAACAUACCUUGACUGGGCUGGCAUUAGUAACCCUUACAUGAAGAUCUAUGUAACCACCAAGAAUCUGGAGUACUUUUCAGUACUGUCAUUUCUCUUUGUGGUGUCUCAGCUGCCCAAACUCACCUAUGCUAAAACUGUAGGAAGUCUGAUCAGCCGUCGGGUACAAGAUCAAAUUGAUGGAGUCCCAUUUAUUGUUGGUGUACAGACAUUACUACGACAGUUCCAUCCAGAAAUACGUAACCAGUUCAUGUUAUACCUUGGUCAGUAUGUCAAGUCAUACAUGGAGACUGCUAUAAGCAGUGGCACUGGAAAAGCUACGGAGCUUCCAAAUGAAGUGAUGACAACCCUGUACUUUCUGGAAAGUUUUGCACACUACUCAGGAAUCACUCGUAAGACACUUGCUGUCCACAUUCCUGAACCUAUCUUGGACCAGUACCAAAUAUUAUCAACGUCUUGAAUGAUGGAGUCUUCAAGCAGCUGUAGUGUAAUGUAGGCAUCACAACCAGUGGGAAGUGAUUGAUCCAUGCAGAUGUGCAGGCCAUAGUCAGUGUAGUCUUUUAUCUCAGGUGAACAGAGGGUUAGUCAAAUUAAUUUGUACACUGAAAGUAGCAAAACCAAGUGGAAUAUGUAUGGUGAUAGUAGCUACAAAUACCGCUACUGCAUAUUUGUUACAUUCCAGUUAAUACAUUUACAAUUGUAAGGCAGUUUUCCUGCUACUCUGCAUCAUACUAGCCUGUAUGAUUGCAUGAAACUUUUAUUUGCACUAUGCCAAAUCUGAAAGCUUAAUAUUGUCGCAUAGUAAGUGUUACUAGAGAUGAGGUUUGAAUUAUGUAAGAUUUGAGGUUUUCACGGCGGUGACACCACAUAUACACGGUGCCAAAUCCCAGAAGACUGCUUUCUUCGAGAUUUGAAUUGUUAAUUGGAACUAUUAGACACACUCAUAACUACAAAUAACUAUGACGGUCUCACUGAGUCACACACUCCAAAGAUUGCUAUAACUACAGCAUACACAAAGUCUUCUGAGUCUUCACUAGGUGUUGCUUGGUAGUGGCUUCCAACACUGGACUUUCGCCUUCCACUGGGUUCCCAAACUGUCCCUGUCCUCAGCUACCAGCUUCUCACUUCUCACAAUUGUAACUCUCAACUAACUCAACCAACAACUGAACUACUAGUCCUUUUUUAUAUAGCCCUGGCAACAGACCACACAGCAAAUGUCUCUUCCCUUAUUGUGUAGUUUCUCUUUGCAGGAAAACAGUAUAUCCACAGAACUGCUCCUUAGCAAUGGCUGUUGCACUGUUGCCUGUUUACACAGCUGACACAUGGUAAUGGGUCUACAUGUCACAUUUUUCCUUCCUUAAGGCUGUUCGUCCUUAGUAGCCUAGGGCAUAAUGCCACUCUUUUUUUUUCCCAGUCAAUGCAGGCAAAACUUCCAAGAGUGGCCACAGCUGUCACAUCUCUCGCACUUUAGCUGUAGUAGUCUAUUCUUUCACUUGGGUGGUGGCCGGCUCCUCCACAAUGUCUUGACACUCGUUUUUCAAAUCCUGAUGGAAGACUCUGUUGCUAGCUUGAAGACCUCAAGCACUGUGGUUUUUUCUUGGCCUUGUUGACAUUUCCCUUUCUUCCCAGACACGGCUACUGUUUUUAGGCCUUGGUCCCUUAUGUCAUCAUUGCAUUCUGGCUGUGUCCAUGAUCUCUUCCCGAACAUCUGUCCUUUAGGAGCUCCCCAUACACCAUUAUCCCUAAAGCACCUUUUCCAUGGGUUCCAGUAUUCCAUGGCUGAUUGCUGGUCCCCAGAUCAGUCCUCUAGUACUCCACUAAUCUCCACUGUGGCCCGUUCACUAGGGACUUCAUGAUACUCUGCUGCAGCCGCCAUUUCUUCUGGAUUUGCCUCCAAAUCCGUGGCCUUCACUCCUAGGGCACUCUUAAUUAUGGCUUCAGUUUCUUCCUGGCCUCUGUCAUUCCUAGACAGGCCUCCGUUGUUUCUCGGCAGUCCUGUGUUCCUUUGAGCAAGAUAUCCAGUCGAUAGCACCUAUUCAGGUUUUCGUUUCUGCAUGACUGGUUCACGUAUUUUCUCAAAGGACCUCAAACUUCUCGCUAUUAACCACUAUCUUGUCUUUCAUCUUGGUCAGCUUUCAUCUCCUUUAGAUUGGCUUCUGUCUUGGAUUAGUUGGUUCUUAUUUCAGCCUUCUUUUUGGCCGGUAGGUAUGCCAUCGUUUGUUCCAUCUCCAUUGUAUGGUGGUAUAACAAUCCAGUAUUGCCUGUUGUAAGGCCACUACUUCUACAGGACAACACAAAUGCAGACAGACGUCCAUUCAAAACCACGACGCCAGUGCUUGAGUAGGUGUAGACAAUUCAUGCUUUAGACCGUGCAGUCAUUGUGGUCGGCAGAAACGGAUCUAGUUUCUGAAACAUGUACCCCAGACAAUAUGCAGUGUCCAACAAAAUGUGCAUAAUAUAUUGAGUAUUAUGUUGAAAGACUACAAAUUCAGAAUGUACUGCUGCAAAUUGUUCAGCUCAUGUUUGUCUGCACCAUGAAUCCUUGUCAGUAUGUGUUAGCUUGUGUGUUGCAGUUGACUGUUUAAGAAUCAUGCAUUUACAAUGUAUGCUUGGUUGGCCCAGCUAGUGGAGGGAAGAAUGAAAAAUGCACAUACUUUUUUUUUUCAGUUCACACAUUUGUUGCACCCAAAUCUCCUAAUUCUAAUGGCUGUGAACAUAAUGUUUGUAAUCUAGGUAUAGUAGUAGCACAUUCUGGUGUUAAAGGGAGAAUGAGAUUAAUUUGGUCUCUUCCUCCUGUUAGAACUUGUUAUAUCCCCAGCAGGAGGAGAUUGUGAAGGACAUCACAAGACAGGGGAGGUGCAAGAAACAUGCAAGCUUGGUGUACAGUUAUCUCUUUAUAUGAUAGUACUUAGUUAUGUAAUCCUUCAGGAAAUUAAAAACGUAAUAAUAAAUGGAAAUGAAUAUGCCUGCAUAAUUAGCAAACUAAAUAAUUCAUAUACAUAUAAUAGGGAGUAUAAUAUACACUAUGUGAAAUUCAGGAACUUCUGUCACAUACAGUGAAGUCUGCUCAGACAGUCAGCCAUGUGAAUAUCGAGUUAGUGCCUGAUAUCUCAGAGACUGUCUCUGUCUGCAUUAUCAGAGGUUUAUGUGAUGAGUGUUAUAUUUGCAUGCUUUGUUUGUAAGCAAAGUAAGCUAUUGGUUGUCUCAACAAAUACCACAGAGGAAACAGUGGGCAGAGGCAAUGGUGCCCUAUCCCAGCAUUGGCCAUACAGGGAACAGAAUGUGAAUAUGACACUCAUCACAUCCGCCCCCAAUGAUGGAGACAGAGACAGGCUCUCAAACAUCAGACACUAUCUCCACAAUGACAUGGCUGAUUUCCAGAGAAUAUUUAGUUAUAUACCAUCACUGAAAGCAUCAAAUCAUAUGAUAAAUGAUAUGAACUCCAUCCCAAGUGCAAACAAUAUAUUAUAUGUCCU